AUGUCGGAUGCUGUAGACUUGAACGUCCAGCCCAGCGAGACACCCACCAACGGUCCGCUGCAGCCGUCUCGAACUGCUUCACGGCCUGUCACCGGCCAAAUCUGGGGAGGGAAUAGACGGGUGGACGUAGACCCUUCUCAACUCGAGGCUGGCUUAGGAAAUGGCGACAUCGAGCUCGAGGAAGUUUCAUACGAUCCCGGAUCCAGAGGUCAACACGCCUACAGCCAGGCAUCUCGUGCAUCCUUUCCUCGAGCCACCACCCUUCACGAGCCGAGUCUUACAGAUGCAGCCUCCGACCGCUUCAAGGCCCAGGACUCCGCAGUAGAGCUUCCUCGGAUCGCUGGCGUGCCAGAGGAUCCUCCCGAUACUAUUUGCAACAAGGCCGAGAUUGACAAGAGCGCGGAGGCCAGGGUCGGCAAUCAGUUCGACGACCGCAUUGCUACAUCAGAGGACCUGCAAGACCUACGCGAGGAGAAUCCGUUGCCUGGUCUCGAGGGCUCGCAGUAUUGGAACAAGAUCCGGUACGAAUACUUCUCCGUCUAUCGUCGUCUACACACGAUCGUCCUGGCGGCAAACCUCAUCGCUAUCUUCAUCCGGAUCUUCCAGACUGUCCGCGAUCCAAAGUCAUUCACCUACGGAGAUGCUGCUACCGCGGUAGCUGUCAACUUAUUCAUCGCCACUGCCGUUCGCCACGAGCACGCCAUCAACCUCUUCUUCCGGAUCUGCUGCGCCUUGCCUCACUGGACGCCUCUCUCCAUCCGGCGCCACGCGGCCAAGGUCUACAGCCAGGGCGGCGUGCACUCUGCUGGGGGCAUUAGCGCUUUCCUGUGGUACAUCCUCUUCUGCGCAUUGCUUCCGGCCCAGUGGCAGAGUGGAGCCCGAGUCGGCAAAGCGAUCAACAUUCUGACGGGGAUCAUGUUACUGGACCUCCUCGUCCUCCUCAUCAUGGCGAUGCCAUACAUGCGGGCCAAGUACCACGACGUGUGGGAGAUGUCCCAUCGCUUCGGCGGCUGGCUCGCUGUCCUGGUCGUGUGGGCACAGAUUUCCAUGCUCGUUCGUGAGAAGGCGGCAGUAACAGCACGUAGCACCGGCUACAUUCUCCUCACCCUUCCUGCGUUCUGGUUCCUCGUCGGAAUCUCCCUCAUGCUGGUCUAUCCCUGGCUUCGCUUGCGCCGCCGCAGAAUCACUCGCACAACACUCUCUUCUCACGCAGCACGCAUCCACUUCCCGGAACACAACCGCAGAAUGAGCACGUGCGCCGGUAUCCGCCUCUCCACCACCCCUCUUCUCGAAAACCACGGCUUCGCUACGAUCCCCGAGCCCCAUCGCGGAAAGGGCUACAGUGUCAUCGUGUCCAACGCGGGAGACUGGACGAAAAACCUCAUUCAAGCCAAAGUCGCCCCGGAGUAUCUCUGGACCCGCGGCGCCCCGACCUUGGGCGUUGCGCGCGUAGCUCUCCUCUUCAAACGUUGCGUCUUCGUGGCUACCGGUUCCGGAAUCGGACCAGUCUUGUCCUUCCUGCAGGUCCACCCCGAAUGGGAAUGUCGAGUCCUCUGGUCUGCUCGAUCUCCGGAAACCACAUACGGUCCCCAAAUCAUAGAAGCAGUGCUCGCAGCCGACGACAAAGCCGUCAUGAUCGAUACCACCAAGGUCCAAACGCGGGAACUUCAUGAUUUGACCUUUUCGUUGGUCAGGGAACUAAAUGCUGAAGCUGUGAUUGUCAUUUCGAAUCCGAAAGUGACGAAAAAGGUGGUUUAUCAGAUGGAAGCGCGGAAGAUUCCCGCUUACGGAGCGAUAUUUGAUUCCUAG